AGCUCGUCUUUGCUCCCUCGCCUUCGCCUCCACCCUCCAUCUUCCGGACACGCGUGUCAAAACGUGUUUGACCCAUAAAACGAAAAAAUCAUGAAGCUGCGGAAACUACGCGUGCAAUGAUUGUUCUCUGCUGUUUGAGCAUUCCUCUACUUCGUGUUUGACCACUGAGACAUUUCUGCUAGUCCUAGAUCUGGGAUUUUGCAUCUCUCCUCUGUUUCCUCCUCUAUCAAUCUCGUUUACGAUCCUUUCGAGAUGAAAAGAACUCAUUCAGAAGCGUCGAUCUACGAGGUGUCUUCCUCAUCGACUUCCCCACAUGUAGGUGAUUAUAAAGGCGGAACCAAAGGGUUGAAAGGAAAUCAAUACGAUGUGUUUUUGAGCUUUAGAGGGGAAGACACUCGCAAAGGCUUCACUGAUUAUCUCUAUACUAGCCUUGUUGAGAAAGGAAUUUGUGUGUUUAUAGACGACAAUGAGCUUCGUGUUGGUAAGAAGAUUGGUCCAGAGCUUCUUUGCAGCAUUAGGCAGUCCACAAUUUUGAUCCCAAUUAUCUCCGAGAACUACGCUUCCAGCAAAUGGUGCCUUCGUGAGUUGGCUCAGAUGUUGAAGUGCAAGAGAAGCAGACAACAAAUAGUGUGGCCUAUCUUUUACAAAGUGAAACCCUCACAAGUGCGCCAUCUUAAGGCGAGAUUUGGAGAUGCUAUCAAGGCACAUAAAGAGAACGGGGACAAAAUGGUUUUGAAGGGACGGAAAAAAGCGCUCAAAGAAGUGAAGGAAUGGGAAGCAGCUCUCAAAGAAGUUGGUUCUUUGAAAGGAUGGGAAUCGGAUAAGAUUCAUAAUGGGUACAUUAUUCUUUACCAAAUCGUUGUUUAAUUUCUCACAAAUAGAUCUUUUGUGAUAAAGAACAUAAAUGUGGCCAUCCUAUACUAAAAUUAAUUGUUAUUGUGGCAGGCGCGAAGGAGCAUUUGUUAAAACUAUUGUUACAAAGGUUAUGAGCGAGUUAAAAAGGCUUUUUCUACUAAAUGUUCCCAAGGAAUUGGUGGGAAUUGAUGAUCGUAUCAAUGACAUUAUGAGCUCAAUAGAUGAUAAAUUAUAUGACACAAAGAUUAUUGGACUUUAUGGAAUGGGCGGCAUUGGUAAGACGACUCUUGGAAAGGUGUUAUACAACAAGCUCUCUACUCAUUUUGAGUAUCGUAGCUUUGUGGAAAAUAGUCGAGAAACAUAUCAGCGCCAGGGUAUUGAAUGCAUAUUGAACAAACUUAUUUAUGAUAUAAUAGGAAGUUCAGGUCACGUGUCUAGUGUUGACGAGGGAAUAGGUGUCAUCAAAUCUCGAUUUACAAGCAAGAAAGUCUUAGUUAUGCUUGAUGAUAUGGAUGAUAGUACUACUCACUUGAAUGCUUUGGUCAAAGACCGUAGUUGGCUUGGAGUAGGAAGUAUGGUCAUCAUUACAACCAGAAACAAGAGCAUUCUCGAUGAGGCUAAGGAAUGCUACAUAUACCUACUUAAUGAGUUGUCUAUGGAUCAAUCAUUGACUUUAUUUAGUAGACAUGCAUUUCAAAAGGAUUCUCCUCAGAGUGAUUAUGAGGUUCUUUCUCGUGAUGUCGUAUCUACUACCGGGGGGCUUCCAUUAGCUCUUGAAGUUAUUGGUUCAUCUUUAUGUGGAAAGAGAAGAGAAGUAUGGAAAGAUACAUUAGAAAAAUUAAAGAAAGUGCCUGAUAAGAAAGUGCAAGAGAAGUUGAAAAUAAGUUACGAUGCAUUAGAUGACGAGGAACAACAAAUAUUUUUGGAUAUUGCUUGCUUUUUUUCCUUUGGAUCAUCUAAAAAAGAUCUAACUUACGUAUGGGAUGCCUGUGGUUUAUUUCCGGAGAGGGGGAUUGAAGUGUUGAGUCUUAUGUCCCUAAUUAAAAUCGGCAAAAACGGAAGGCUAUUGAUGCAUGAUCAAUUGAGAGAUCUUGGAAGGGAAAUUGUUCGUUUGGAAAAUCCAAAUGAGCCUCAAGAGCGUAGUAGAGUGUGGAACCAUCAGGAAGCCCUAGAUGUGCUUGAUAGCAAUGAGGUAAGAGUUUUCUUUACUUGUCUUAGUUGAUGAAUGUGGGUGCAUCUUCCCUUUCUUGUUUGAAAUAAAAAUAACUGUCACUCUGAGUCCCCAAAACUUGUUGCAUCUACUAGCAAAGGAGCUCUUUUGAUUAAUUCGCAGUAUUUGCCUAAUUCAAGAUCAUAAUUGAGAAGCAAUUUCUUGGUUAUGGAUGAUUGAUAUAUAUCUUUACAUGGUAGUAUUGUGAUGAGAAUACUCUCCUUUUGGUAACUUCAAUGCAAAAACAAGACUACAAAAGCAGAAUGUUUGACAGGGUACUCUUAGAUAAAACUUGACAUUUAUAGAUUGUUUCGGCCAUGCUUUCCUCGAUAUUUAUUUGAUGCAUGUGUUUUAUGUUUGAAUUAGUCUUUUCGUCUUUUGGGAGGUUUUUUCUUUUUCUUUUUCUUUUACUAAGUAUUGACUUCAUAUGAGUUCUGGUAUCAUAAAUGAGACCAUCCAUUUGUGACGAUUUAGCUAUCUUGGUUC